GCGCAAUCCAAGCUUUUCUGUAAACGGGCAUAAUAACCUUUCGUCUUGCCUCUUUGGUGUCCCACAAAUCUUUCUCAUAAACUCGACCGCUCCUUGAGUGUGAUCAGCCCUCGGUGCAGGAAGCAGGAGCUCAGACGAAGUAUUCUUACGUGCAAGAUGGCCUCGGGCAAGCAAUCAUACAUCAUCGUCGGAGCCGGAGUGUUCGGGGUAUCCACUGCCUAUCACCUGAUCAAGAAGUACCCUGGGGCGUCGGUGACUCUAGUUGAUCGGGAUGCCUUUGAUGCAGAGAGCCGCGUGGCCGCCUCGUGGGACUGGAAUAAGGUGGUGCGCGCCGACUACGACGACAUAGUCUACUGUCAACUGGCCCUGGAGGCACAAGACAUCUUCGAGACGGAUCCGCUGUGGAAGCCGUACUUCCACAAGACGGGCAUUUUCUGGACAUGCCGCAGCAACUAUGCACAGGAAGUCAUUGACAACUACAAGAAACUCGGCCGGACGGCGGAUCUUCGAGCCGUCACAGUCGACGAAGCCCGCAAACUGUACGGCGGGCUGUUCGAGGACGCUGACUACGACGGAGUCCAGGAGGUGCUGGUCAACAAGACCAGUGGUUGGGCUGCGGCUGGAGAUGCCUUGCGAGCCGUCACCCGCAAGGCCAUAGAACUCGGCGUGAAGUACGUGACGGCCGAAGUUGCGACCUUACAGCUGGACCCUCGUGGGCGAUGUUAUGGCAUCAAGACAACAAAGGGUGAGACUUUGACAGCCUCGCACGUUGUCCUUUGCACGGGUGCAUACACCCCGAAGCUGUUGGAACUGAGCGCUGCCAGCACUGGUCUCAAGGAUCUUCGAACGGAAGGCAGGAUAGUAGCAGGUGGUAUCACAACGGGGAUGACGAAACUCGAUGACGAGUCAUACAAGAGGUUCGCCGCUAUGCCCGUGGGUGUUCAGGGAUACACUGCACAGAUAGGCCCGUUUAUUGGUAGUCUCCCUCCGACCCCAGACAGAGAAAUCAAGUGGUGGGGACAAACGAUAUUCAAAAACACUCACGAAGUGCUACCGGGGCGUCAUCUGUCAGCGCCGCCCGCAACACAAGACUACAGUCAAUGGAACGUGUCCAGGAAACUCAAGGAAGACAUCGACUACGCGAACAAGGUGUUUUACGGCAAGAACGGCGCCAACUGGACGAUGGAGAAACAUCGGAUCUGCUGGGAUGCCUUCACCACGAGCUCCGACUUCAUCAUCUCGCCACACCCGGCCGCGAACGGCCUGUACCUCGCUACCUGCGGCUCGUUCCACGGGUACAAGUUCUUCCCCGUGCUCGGCAAGUACGUGCUGCAGAUGCUCGAGGGGUCCCUGGCGCCGGAACUGGUCGAGAAAUGGGCCUGGGACCGCAAGCGGCCGGAUCCGGCGCUCAACCCGGACUACCCUAGAUGGGAGAUGAAGGAUUUCUUGGACCCGGUGAGAACGUCGAAGCUGUAGGUGGAAAACCAUGUGGGGUCUCGCAAGUUGUAAUAGACGGGAGGGUUUUGGAUGCAGCAACAAAAAGAAAAUGAACGUAUUUAUGCAUGGGAAAGGCUUGUUGCCCUAUAUAUCUCGUUAUUCCCUGAGCGUUCCUGCCUGUCGUCGAGCGAUAUUUGGAUCAUGAACCGAACUCGUGAGGAGCAUAGCGUGGUAAAUGGCGGCCAGAUCACUGGCCAGAGUCCUUGUCGUCGUCUAGACUUGUCAACAAAUUGGAACCCUUGCCAGCAACGCUGCUCUUCACGCAGGCUUGCAGUCUACUCC